AUGGCGGGCGGCACUGGCGAGAAGCUAACCACGGCGACCAUCAUCGUCGCUGGCGUCGCCGCUUUAGUAGCCACGUUUCUAUCGGCUAUGAAAAACUACCGAAAGCCACUUCUCCAGAGAUAUGUCGUUCGAAUCUUGCUCAUGGUUCCCAUAUACUCGAUAGCUUCGUGGACAAGUAUGAUCUCGAUAAGGGCUGCCGCGUUCCUUGACCCCAUUCGAGACAUCUAUGAGGCCUUCACAAUCUAUACCUUCUUCCAGCUCCUUAUCAAUUACCUCGGUGGAGAACGAGCCCUGAUCGUCAUGACCCAUGGCCGAGAACCAGUUUCCCAUCUGUGGCCUAUGAACCAUGUACUGCCGCGUGUCGACAUAUCUGACCCCCAUACAUUUCUGGCAAUCAAGCGUGGCAUUCUUCAGUACGCGUGGCUCAAGCCUGUUUUGGCGCUGGCUGCCGUCAUCAUGAAGGCCACCGGAACUUACCAAGAGGGCUACAUUGGCGUGGAGUCGGGCUACCUAUGGAGCGGUAUCAUCUACAACAUCAGCGUGACAGUAAGCCUGUACUCCCUUGGGCUGUUCUGGGUCUGCAUGCACAACGACCUUUUGCCCUUCCGCCCGGUGCCCAAGUUCUUGUGCAUCAAGCUCAUCAUCUUCGCCUCAUAUUGGCAAGGUUUUUUCCUGUCUAUUCUCGUCUGGCUGGGGGCCAUUCCAGACAGCGUCGAGGGCUACACUCCCGACAACUUGGCCGCUGCAAUUCAAGAUGCGCUGAUCUGUAUCGAGAUGCCGGCUUUCGCCAUUGCUCACUGGUACGCCUUCUCGUGGCACGAUUUUGCCGACAACAGGAUAUCGUCUGCGAGGAUGCCUGUCAAGUUCGCCAUGCGCGAUGCGUUCGGCGUCAGGGAUCUCAUCGAAGACUCCAAAGAGACGUUUACCGGUGACAAGUACGGGUAUCGCUUUUUUGACUCGGGUGACAAAAUCAUGGCACACGAGGAUUCGCGUGCUAGACUGGGGAGACUCGAUGAAGGCAUGCGUUACACGAGGGGUGGCAAAGCGAAGUACUGGAUUCCGACACCUGGUCAAGUGGACCGUCAGACGAAUCGUGACAUUAAUGAGCGAGAUCCCUUACUUCAGGGAACCGCGGGUGGCCCGAGUGAAGAGUACAACUACGCCAACGGUACCUUCAACGAAGAUCUCGCCAACGACCCCCAUAUAGAUCCCGACGACGAGCAGCUCUUUGACAAAGCACGCGAGCUUGAGUUUGGCGAUUGGAAUUAUCCUGUCAUCACCGCAAAUGAGCCACUGAGUAAGCGGUAUAUGUCCUCCCAGGGUAGCCUUGGUUUCCAUUCCGAACCACGAUCGACGGUCGAACGUCUGCGGGUGUCGCCACGAAAUAGCGAGCCGGCCGUCGUAGCCAGCAAGAAGAAGAAGCAGAAGAAAGUUGCACGUGAGCCUUCAGGCUCGUCAUCAUCCCCAGACCGUACCGAGUCAGGAUCCUCGUCUAAGCGACAGAGCCCGGCGCCUCCGCCAGCGAAGGUACCCGCCAAGGCUGAGGAGGUACCUGAGACACGUCCGAGCGCUCAAAAGGAAUAUAACCAUCCAGAAGAGUCCCCCCUUCUGCAAGAGGCCAUGGCAUCCCCAUGGGCGGAAAGCGAGCAAGAGGACGACUUCAACAGAAACUUCGGCGUUGGAGAAGAAGACGAGUUCAAGAACGUCUGGAGCGGUGGCGCGUCGUCUCAGCCCCGCUGA